GCUGCCCGGCCCGGGGGGGCCCCCCCGCCCCCUGAGGAGGGGGGGCAGUCCCGGCGGCCCCCGCCCGGCGCGGGCCCACCAUGAUGUUCCGCGAGCAGGUGGGCAUCGUGGCGGGCUGGUUCCGCGGCUGGAGCGAGUGCGAGCAGACGGUGGCACUGCUGGCGCUGCUGAAGCGCGUGACGCGCACGCAGGCGCGCUUCCUGCAGCUCUGCCUCGAGCACUCGCUGGCCGACUGCGCCGACAUCCACCUGCUCGAGGCCGAGGCCAACAGCGCCGCUGCCAUCUCGCAGUGGCCCCAGGAGCCCGCCGAGGCGGCCGUGGCCCUGCUGCUGGCCCACCUGCCGCUGCUGCAGCCGGGCAACGCGGCGGCCAAGGCCGAGUACAUGAAGCGGCUGCAGAAGGUGCUGGCGGACGCCAUCGAGAGCAAUCGCUGCGUGGAGGAGUCGCGGCAGCUGCUGUCGUACGCGCUCAUCCACCCCGCCACCACGGCCGACGACCGCAGCGCGCUCGCCCUCUGGCUCGGCCACCUGGAGGAGCGCCUGGCCCCGCCCGGGCCCCCCCCGCGCCGCCCCCCGGGCCACGAGUGGCCCCCCGAGCCCCCCGAGCCCGGGGGAGGGUGGGCAGAGCAGCAGCAGCAGCAGCACGGCACGGGGACGGGGACGGGCACGGGGACGGCGCCGCGGGAGAACGGGCACCCCGCCUUCCAGGGGGGCGGAGCCCUGCCGUGCCAGCUGCACCCCAGCCCCCUGAAGCGCUCGCUGGCGCUGGGGCCCGGCAGCCCCCAGGCCGGCCCGGGCGGCGACUGGGCGGGCUCGGGGGGCCCCGAGGAGCCCCCCAGCCCCGCGGGCCCCCAGCCCCGCGGGCCCCCAGCCGCCCAGGGCUUCGGGGACCACGCGCCGCUGUCCCCCCAGAGCAGCGUGGCCUCGUCGGGCAGCGAGCACACCGAGGAGCCCGGCGGGCGCAACUCCUUCCAGGAGGACGGCAGCGGCAUGAAGGAUGUCCCCUCGUGGCUGAAGAGCCUGAGGCUGCACAAGUACGCGGCGCUGUUCGCGCAGAUGAGCUACGAGGAGAUGAUGACGCUGACAGAGCAUCACCUGGAGUCCCAGAAUGUCACCAAGGGCGCCCGGCACAAGAUCGCCCUGAGCAUCCAGAAACUGCGGGAGCGACAGAGCGUGCUCAGGGCCCUGGAGAAGGACAUCCUCGAGGGGGGUAACCUGUGGACGGCGCUGCAGGAGCUGCAGCAGAUGUUGGUGACCCCCAUCAAGGCCUUCCGGCCCCCCCCGCCCCCGGGACCCCCCGACGGGGCCCCCCCCGAGCCCCCCCCGGCCGAGGCCGAGCCCCCCGCGGCCCCGGUGCCCGACGGGGACAUCCCGGGGCAGUUCACGCGUGUCAUGGGCAAGGUGUGCACCCAGCUGCUGGUGUCGCGCCCCGACGAGGAGAACAUCACCAGUUACCUCCAGCUGCUCGAGAAGUGCCUGAGCCACGAGGCGUUCACGGAGACGCAGAAGAAGCGGCUCCAGUCCUGGAAGCAGCAGGUGCUGAAGCUGCUCCGCGCCUUCCCCAAGAAGGGGCCCCUGGACGGCCCCCCCGGAUACCGGCCCCCCAAAAGCUGGCCUUCGGCUUCCAACUCUCUCCCCAUAGCUGGCUCUGUGGGGGGGGGGGGGGGGGGGGGGGGCCGCCCCUUCGCGCUGCCCCCCCGGGCCCUGCCCCCCCCCGCCCGCCUGGGGCUGCUGGGACCCCCCGGGGGGGCCCCCGCCCCCAGACCCCCCCUGGGAGCGCCCCCCACCCUGGGCACGCAGGGACGGCAGAGCCUUUGGUUCGGGGCCGGGGGGGGCGCGGGGGGGUCCCCCGGGAGCCGCGGGGCCGUGCAGAGAACGCACUCGCUGCCGGUGCACAGCUCGGCCCUGCUCGCCUUCCCCCAGGAGUGUCCCCCCCCCGGGACUGACCUGGAGAUCAACCCCACGCUGGAGUCGCUGUGUCUGAGCAUGACCGAGCACGCCCUGGGGGAUGGCACAGACAAAACCUCCACCAUCUGAUGGCGCUGCUGCCCCCUCCCCAAAUGGGGGGGCACCUCCUGAACCCCCCUCCCCCCCCUCCGGCCCCCAACCCCCCAGGGGGGGUCCCCAAAACACCGGGGGAGGGGCAGCCCCCCCCCCACCGCCCCGGGGGCUUUGGGGGUCCCUGGUGAGGGAGGGCCCCCCCCCCGAUGACCUUGCGGGGGGGAGGGGCCAUGACACUACAGGGGGGCUUUUUUUGGGGGGGGGUCGCGGGGGGGGUCACGUUUCCUCCGUUUUUAAAAAUCCCAGGAUUUGGGGGAUUUGUGGAUUUUAUUUCCUCUUUUUCGUUUUUGGGGUUUUUUCCUUUUUUUUUUUUUGUUUUUUUGUUUUGUUUUUUUGGCUCUUUAUUGUUAUUAUAUUAUUAUUAAUUAAUUAUUUCUGCCCUGGCCCCCGCGGGGGGGGGGGGGGAGCGACCCCCACCCCAAAUUUAGGUACAACACCGCCCCCCCAGCCCGGGGUGGGGGUACCCCGGGCCCCGCCUCGGUACAGCCCCUCCCCCGCCCCCCCCCCACUUUGUAGCGCCGCGGCCCCAAAAUAGAAAGACAAAAAUCGUUAUUUUAGAUACAUUUUAUUAUGAAUCCUUUUGUUAUGAUAUGGCUGGUAACCAUUGACCUUAUUAAACACAAAAACCGC